AGCCCGCCGGGGGGUGGGGCCUGGUCUCGGGCGGCCCCGGGGCCUGGCAGGAUAUCCGGGGACGGAGCCGGGCGCCAGCGGGUGGGGCCUGGGGCCUGGCUCGGCAGGUAGCAACUGUGGGGUGAGCGGUGCCCAGUCCCCUGAGGGCAAGGGGCGGAGCUCCGCCUGACCCCCAAGACGGUGGGUGAACUCUGGGAGGCGGGCGGCUCUCCAUGCUACCGCUGUGACCCCUACUCCCGUAGGAGGAUGCUGGUGGUGGAGGUGGCGAACGGCUGCUCCCUGGUCUGGGGGGCCGAGGCGGUGCAGGCGCUGCGGGAGCGCCUGGGAGUGGGGGGCCGCACGGUGGGCUCCCUGCCCCGCGGGCCUCGCCAGAACUCACGCCUCGGCCUUCCGCUUCUGCUGAUGCCCGAAGAGGCGCGGCUUCUGGCCGAGAUUGGCGCAGUUACCCUGGUCAGCGCCCCGCGUACGGAUUCCCGCCAACACAGCCUGGCUCUGGCAUCCUUCAAGCUCCAACAAGAGCAGGGCUUCCAGGAGCAAAGCGCCCUGGCAGCUGAGGCCCGUGAGACCCGUCGCCAGGAAAUCUUAGAGAAGAUUGCAGAGGGCCAGGCUGCCAAGAAGCAGAAGCUGGAACCAGAUUUGGGGGCCAGCGAGAGCCAGGAGGCCAAUGCUGGAGAGAAUGAAGCCAGUGUUAGCCAGGCUUCUAGGGAGUACGAUGAAGCAGGCUACCCUUCUCCCCAGCCAGGGCCUUCAGAUGGGGUGGCUCUCUUGCCCAGGUCUGCUCUGCUUGUCCAGCUGGCCACUGCUAGGCCUCGACCCAUCAAGGCGCGGCCCCUGGACUGGCGUGUCCAGUCCAAAGACUGGCCCCAUGCUGGCCGUCCGGCCCAUGAGCUGCGCUACAGCAUCUAUAGAGACCUGUGGGAGCGAGGCUUCUUCCUCAGCGCCGCUGGCAAGUUUGGGGGCGACUUCCUGGUCUAUCCUGCUGGUAGAAGUAUCAUAACAACCAGAGAAGUUCCUGGAAACUGCCUUGUUUUAUAGUUGCUGUGAUAGUUCUCUUAGAUGGCAUGUCUCAGAGCCUUGUCCUUUUACAUUUACAUUAUGUGUUACUUAAUCUUCUGUGUAGUGUCCCACUUAUGGUCCUACUCUAAUUGAUUAGUCAUCUAAUGGGGGGCAAACCACAGCCCCCCAGGUCAAAUCUGGCCCAUGGACUGAUUUUUUAAAUAAAGCUUUAUUGAAAUGGUCUUGUCCAUUUGUUUCCAUAUGGUCUGUGGCUUCUAGUGUGCUACAGUGGCAGUUGAGUAUUUGCAACAUGGCCCAUAAAACAAAAUAUUUACUGUCUAGCCCUUUUCAUAAAAAUUUUGUUGACUCUCAUGCCAUCUAUUUAUUAUGCCAUCUUAUUAUAAAUUCUUGUCUUAUUUGUUUUAGUCUGUUAGAGUAAUUUCUCAUUGGGUAUUUACAUAAUGUCCUUUAGCUUCAAUGGACUUCGUAGUCCUGUUUCUCAGGUCAUGACAAUGAUAUAGUCGAUUAUUUGUUUCUGCUUUAAAUAAGAAUAUGCUUUACAUGUGUGACAGCCUCCUUCCCCUUUCCUCCCCCUCAGUGUAUCCUUGACCACCAUCCAAGUUGGUACAUUCUUUUAAUCUUUUUUUCAAUUACACUGACAUUCAUUCAUUUUCUACUCCGUCAUCUCUUCCCACCCCAUUGGGGUAUUUUGUGGAUUUGAAGUAAAGUUGUAUAUAUAGGU